GCGGGACUUCGAGCCGUAGCCAAUCGACGCCGGAAGCUGAAUCGUUUCGGUUCGGUGAAGGCUGGUGGGGGGAGGAAGGGUUUUUUUCCGGCUGGACCCAGAGGUGGCUGCGAACGUUGAAGGGUACUGGUGGCGGAAUUUGUGGCUUUGGCGAGAUUGGAAUCAUGGCAGGUCCAGAAAGUGAUGCCCAAUUCCAGUUCACUGGUUUUAAAAAAUAUUUCAACUCUUACACUCUCACAGGUAGAAUGAAUUGUGUACUGGCCACAUAUGGAAGCGUUGCUUUGAUAAUCUUAUACUUCAAGUUAAGAUCUAAAAAAACUCCAGCUGUGAAAGCAACAUAAAUGGAUUCCAAACUGUACUUCAUCUGUUAAGUUCCCAUGCCUGGAGAAGCUAAUGUCACCUCAUCAUGUGAUACUCAAUUUGUACAAUAAAUUAUGAACCUGGAAAAGCUGGUUGUUUUUAUUUACAAGAUAUCAAAAAUAUAAAAACUGUACAAAAUGCAACAAAGGCAAAAACUGGCAGUGACUUGGUCUAAAUCUUUUAGUUUCCCAAAGCAAGGCUCAGUACUGGAGGUAAGCAACUGAAAUGUCUAUCUGACUUCAAGUGUACUAGAUUGUAUGUGUCUGUUUUAGCUGAAGUAGAACAUGGAAGCUAAAUUUCUUAUACCUGGUUUAUAUAGCAUGUUUGGGUACACUCAGAACUCACCAGAUAGAAAUACAGAUGUCUGUAGAUGGUUGUACUUCAUCUAAAUCUGGAAAAGGAAUUAUUGUUCACCCUACCAAAUUAACGUACAUUCCACUAAUUGUGGGCCAAGAAAAAAAUGGUAGUGGAUCAUUUUAACGUAGUACUCUUGAGUGCCCAUACAGUAACUACAUUUUUACAGUGGAAACAUACAUGCUCAUCAAAUUCUUCAGCUAAAAUUCAUGACGCAAUAUUAAUGAUAUAUCUUAAUUUGAAUCUUGAAGCAGGAUG